AUGGGGAUCAUAAUGAGCCGCUUGUUUGAGGGCCUAUUUGGUUCGAAGGAAGUACGUAUUUUGAUUCUCGGUCUCGACAACGCGGGUAAAACAACAAUUUUGUAUCGGUUGCAGAACGAAAGCGACGAAGCAGUACAGACUAUUCCGACAAUUGGAUUCAACGUUGAAACACUGCAAUAUAAAAACAUCAAGUUCCAAGUAUGGGAUCUGGGCGGCCAGACGAGCAUUCGACCGUAUUGGCGAUGCUAUUAUCCAAAUACAGAUGCUAUUAUUUUUGUGGUCGACAGUGCCGAUACUGAAAGAAUGUCUGUUGCGCGAGGAGAGCUUGCAGCUAUGUUGGAAGAAGAGGACCUGAAGGAUGCUAUUUUGUUGGUUUUUGCGAACAAGCAGGAUCAGAAAGGGGCUAUGGAUGCGGAACAAAUUAGCGAUGCUUUGGGAUUACCAGAAGUUCGGAACAGACAGUGGUCAAUUCAAGAGACUUCGGCAUUGAAAGGUAAGGGUCUCUUUGAGGGUUUCGACUGGCUCGUCACAUGUAUUAAAGGCGACGAGUCGUAA